UUCCCGUGGACGUCAUUUCCGUUGCCAACUGGACAUCGGAGGGAGCGACGAUAGAGUUACUUCCUACUGCUGCAUUGAAGCCCGGGAACCAUGACGACAAAGGCAGAGGAUGUGUUCUCUCUCACCAAGGAGGAGGAAGCGACAGGUGUGAUGGGCAGGAUCUACAUCCCCAAGAUUAUCUCGCAGGGCCCAGCCAAGGAGUGGAUUGAGAAGCGCCGGCUGGCCAUUCGCCCCUGGGCCAACUUCGUCGACCAGAAGCGUUUCUCCAAGCCCAAGAACCUGGGCGAGAUGUGCAAGCGGCUGGUGAAGAAUGUGGAGUACUUCCAGAGCAAUUACGUCUUUGUCUUCCUGGGCCUCAUUGUCUACUGUGUGGUCACUUCACCGAUGCUGCUGGUCGCCCUGGCCGUGUUCUUUGGCGCCUGUUACAUCGUCCACCUGCGGGCCUCCCAGUCCCGGCUCGUGCUGUUUGGCCGAGAGCUGAGUCCUGCCCACCAGUAUGCUGUUUCCGGAGCAGUGUCCUUCCCCUUCUUCUGGCUGGCUGGUGCUGGCUCCGCUGUCUUCUGGGUGCUCGGAGCCACGCUGGUGUUCAUCGGGGGCCAUGCCAGCUUCCACGAGCUGGAGUCUGGAGACGGGGAGGAGUUGCAGAUGGAGGCGGUAUGAGCAGCUGCCGAUACGGACGGGUGCCGCACGGAGGGACAAACUCUGACUCCUGCCGCCCCUCCCAUCCACCGGUUCAGUCCGCUCCUCCCCACUGUCAUUGUAACUGUACCUCAUUCUCACCUCUUGCCCUCGUCAGUAUACAUCUUCUGUUUCGGACUCACUGACCCUCACCAUGGCAAGCGGAAUCUUGUUUAGAAGGCGUUUUCUUUACACAUUAACCUUGGUUGGGACGUUUACACGGAUUUCAGGCUUGAAGCUCGACCUGAUCUGGGACACUCUGUGUUGGGACUGGGGUUACUCCUCAGAAGAACCCCAGAGAUAUAUUCCCGGGUUCCCAGACAUGAGCAUAUCGUCAGAAGGAGGGAGCAGAUGGCUGCCUUGGGCAGUGGCUGUGGUCAGAGGCAGUGUGCACUUGGGACACUGGUUGACCUUCAGUUCUCCCACCUGCAUUCCCCUGCGUUGCUCCUGAGCAGGUCUGCUAGCUGUGGGGUGUUGAUCCCAGCUUGGAGGUACCUGACUGUAGCUGUUCUGUCCUGGACCCUCCAUCCUGUGUGGGUGGGGGCUCAGGUAGGUACACUGACCUUUCCACCCACUUGCCGCCUGUCCUGUCGCUCCCAGAGUCGCUUGUCAGAGCACCACCACCCCCAUCCCCUCCUCCACGUAUCUCCCCUCCAUACAAACCCCAUCCACUCCACACUCUUUCCCCAUCCCCUCCACCCGCCUCACAUCUCCCCUCCCAACAAACCUUCCCUUCACCUCAUCUCCUCUCCCCACCCCCUCCACUUCAGUCAUUCGCCCUCUCUGGGGAAAGAGUUACUUGCCCUACCCCAUAUUUCUUGCCCCUGGUCCUCCCACUUCUUUUUCCCCCCCACAACCCUCCCUCUCUUCUCUCUCCCCCACCCCCCCAAUUAUCUGGUUACUGCUCGGACACUCCUACCUACCAGGCGUUUCACUGUGUUGGGAGUGAAUAAAAUGUGUGCACUAACAGAGUGACUUGUUGGACGUACUGAAUCCGGGUCGCUGGGUGUUUGGGAGAGGGCCCCACUGAACCCUGCACUCCUGUGAGGGUCAGACCACAAGGACCAUGCCUGGCACUCGUAUGGAAAAGAAGAUCAUGGAGGCACAUAGGACAGAACAAUACAGCACAGUAAACCGGCCCUUUGGACCACGAUUUCAGUACCGAACACAAUGUUGAAUUUAAAUAAAUCUCUUCCACGUGGAUAUCUCUCUACUGUCUGCAU